AACCCAUCAUUUCAAGCCAACCCUCAAAAUUAGCAAGUGCAAUAACUUUUACCCCAAUAAUUUACACAAAACUUGUUAAUACCAUCAAUUAAUAAACUUCAACAGCUCGGGCCACAGAUAUGCUCGUCACUCCAGUGUUCAUAGACAAUCCUAGCGGCGGCGGAAUCCAUUCUGCCGCCGCUGGGGAGGUUGCUGAGCUGCAGAACGGAGGAGAGAGCGACCGGAACGCAGGUGGUAACAGAUGGCCGCAUGACCAGACGCUAGCUUUGCUCCAGAUUCGGUCGGAAAUGGAUUUCGCGUUUCGUGAUUCUACUCCCAAAGCCCCUCUAUGGGAACAAGUUUCAAGAAAAUUGGAGGAGUUGGGGUACCAGAGAAGUGCCAAGAAGUGCAAAGAGAAAUUUGAAAACAUUUACAAGUAUCACAAGAGAACAAAGGAGUGCCGAUCUGGUGGUCAGAAAGGGAAAAACUAUAGAUUCUUUGACCAAUUAGAGAUUCUGGGCAACCUGCAGUUGGGCAAAAUCAACAACACAGACUCAAAGGAAUCAACCGAAUUGGGGUCUCCCACUCCCGUGGCAAUGGUCAGACCAAACACCAGCAUCGUCCAAGAUUUCAGGAUGCCAUCCAUCAGCCAAACGGCCCACAACCUUGGCAGUGCUGAUGUCAUAUCAGCUUCCACAUCCGCGACCUAUUCGUCGGGGAAAGAAUCUGGAGGUUCUGUGUCGAGGAAGAUGAAAAUGGCCGGGUUCUUUGAGAAGCUGAUGAAGGAAGUGUUGGAGAAGCAAGAGGAUUUGCAGAAGAAGUUUUUGGAAGUGUUGGAAAGAUGCGAGAGGGAUCGGAUGGUGAGAGAAGAAUCAUGGAAAAGAGAAGAAAUGGAACGGAUGAGGAGAGAGCAGGAGUGCCUGGCUCAGGAGAGGGCCAUUGCAGAGGCAAAGGAUGCUGCGUUGAUAGCUUUCCUGCAGAAGAUUGCAGGGCACCCCUUGCCCUCAGUGCAGUUUCACAUGAACUCAACCUCUCCCAGCGUUGAGAAACACCCUGAACUAAACUUAAAUGAUAAUAAUAAUAACGAGAGGAAGGACAACUGUUCUGGCGAGAGGUCUUCUCGAUGGCCUAAAGCGGAAAUCGAAGCUUUGAUUAAACUUCGGACGAAUCUCGACUUGCAGUACCUUGGGAAUGGAUCAAAGGGUCCCUUGUGGGAAGAAAUCGCUGCUGAUAUGAAGAAGCUUGGAUAUGACAGGAAUGCGAAGAAAUGUAAAGAGAAAUGGGAGAACAUUAACAAGUAUUAUCGAAGGGUGAAAGAAGGCCACAAGAGGAGGCCUGGAGACUCUAAAACUUGCCCGUAUUUUCACAUCCUCGAUUNAUAAUAAUAACGAGAGGAAGGACAACUGUUCUGGCGAGAGGUCUUCUCGAUGGCCUAAAGCGGAAAUCGAAGCUUUGAUUAAACUUCGGACGAAUCUCGACUUGCAGUACCUUGGGAAUGGAUCAAAGGGUCCCUUGUGGGAAGAAAUCGCUGCUGAUAUGAAGAAGCUUGGAUAUGACAGGAAUGCGAAGAAAUGUAAAGAGAAAUGGGAGAACAUUAACAAGUAUUAUCGAAGGGUGAAAGAAGGCCACAAGAGGAGGCCUGGAGACUCUAAAACUUGCCCGUAUUUUCACAUCCUCGAUUCUCUCUAUCAGAGCAGCAAGUCCAAGAAGGGUGUUGAGCCUAGUUCGACAACUUCAGAUCCUUGUGAUUUCAAUAUGAAGGCCGGAGAAAUGUUGAUGCACAUAAUAAACCAAAACCAAAAGCAAUAUCUUAAAAAAGAAGACAUUGGAAGAGCAAAUGACUGUCAAAAUCAUGAAGAGGGUGAGAGUGAAGAUGGCUUUCAAAUUGCAACCAACCACACCGCCCAUGAGCAAGAACGGAGUGAACGCUGAUACCAAAUUAUUCACUUACACCAUACACUGUUGGUAAAUAGAGUGAUACCUUUUACAUUGUAGUUUUUUAGGCGUUUUGGUGUAAAAAAACGCGGCAUCUUUCUUGGGCUGUUCCCCCCCAUUUCGCAUUUGAUGUUCAUCUGCCUUACGCGUUUACAUUUUA